UCCAGAUCUCGUCCCCCUCCCAAAUCUAAUCUUCGACCGUUCGAUCAGAUCCCCUCUGCCCCCUGAGCACCGAUCACCUACUCCCAGCUCAUUGCAUUAACGUACGACGCGGAACUUGGGACUGUACAGGCCCCAUGUGAUUGGUCGAAGGUGAGGUGGAGCUACCGGGGUAGAAGUACCGGAUUAUUUCUCCUUCCCUCCCACGCUCUUAUUCCUUUGCCUAAUCGAAUAGCCUCUCUCUCUCUCUCUACUCGCCUCCUUCAGAUCUGUGAAAGAAGACACAGACUCACUCUCUCUCUCUUUAGUAGAGGUAUUAGAGAGAGAAAGCCGGCGGCAUUACCAUGGUGGAGGCGCAGACAUGGACGACCCGGCGGAUGAGCAACCCCCGGCUCGAGUCCACCGCCGUCGACAUCCCCUCCACGCCGCCGGGGGACGCCCGUGUCCCCUCAGCGGCCGCCGCCGCCGCAGCCUCCUCGCCGGCCGUCCUCACGGCUCUGAUCAUUGCCUCCUGGUACCUCUCCAACAUCGGCGUCCUGCUCCUCAACAAGUACCUCCUCAGCUACUUCGGCUUCCGGUACCCCAUCUUCCUCACCAUGCUCCACAUGAUCUCAUGCGCCGUCUACAGCUACCUCGCCAUCCACGGCCUCGAGCUCAUCCCCCGCCAGCACAUCCUCUCCCGCCGGCAGUUCCUCAAGAUCCUCGCCCUCAGCGCCAUCUUCUGCUUCUCCGUCGUCUGCGGCAACACCUCCCUGAGGUACAUUCCCGUCUCCUUCAACCAGGCCAUCGGCGCCACCACCCCUUUCUUCACCGCCAUCUUCGCCUUCCUCAUCACCUUCAAGCGCGAGACCGCCGAGGUCUACCUCGCCCUCCUCCCCGUGGUCUUCGGCAUCGUCCUCGCCAGCAACAGCGAGCCCCUGUUCCACCUCUUCGGCUUCCUGGUCUGCGUCGGCUCCACCGCCGGCCGCGCCCUCAAGUCCGUCGUCCAGGGAUUGCUCCUCACCUCCGAGGCCGAGAAGCUGCACUCUAUGAAUCUGCUGCUCUACAUGGCUCCUAUGGCGGCUCUGAUUCUACUCCCCGUUACCCUCUACGUCGAAGGCAAUGUGGUGGCGAUCACCUUCGAGAAGGCAAGGGAAGGCCCCUUCAUCAUAUUCCUCCUCCUCGGCAACGCGACGGUGGCGUACUUAGUAAAUUUGACUAACUUCUUGGUGACCAAGCACACGAGCGCCCUGACCCUGCAAGUACUCGGUAACGCCAAGGCUGCAGUGGCGGCGGUCGUGUCCGUCCUAAUAUUCAGGAACCCCGUCACAGUGAUGGGGAUGACGGGAUUUGCGGUCACUAUCAUGGGCGUCGUUCUUUACAGCGAGGCGAAGAAGAGAUCUAAGGUCAUGGCCAGAUGACAACGGCAACCGAUUCGAUCCGGAACUCGAACACGGUGCGGGAUCGACAUCUCUGUCCCUCUCACUCUCGCUCUUGCUUUGCUUGAUUGAUUGAAGGGCUAUCUUCCUUCCUGGUGAAGGAAUUGGGGGGGAAGGGGGUGCAAAUUGAUUGAGAUUGAAUUGUAUAGGACAUGGAUGAAAGGAAAGGAAAAGGAAAAGGGAUCUGCUUUUUCUAUUGUUCUUGAUUGGUGAUUGGGUUGGGGGUAGCAUAGGAGAAUAAAGUUCUUCUCUUUCGGAAUGCCCCCUCCCUGUUUUUUUUUUUUUUUUCCUGAUUACUUUUUCGAUGACUUCUUCAUAGGUUUAUUCAAUACAUCGUUGGAAUUUUCAGUGGGAGGAAGCAAUUCUCUCCCACGUUCAUUUCUUCAAUUGCU